GCACAGGCGCACUCCUCUUGACAUUUCCCCAAAUGUCAACAGAUGUCACACACAUCCUGCGGACAAAUUUAACCGUUCGUCCUUCACUCCGGCCUUUUGCAAGGAUGUUAAAUAUUUAAUCAGUGCCGAGUUUCCUCACUAUUCCAUGACUUAACCACCUCUAAACUCGCAAAAUGGAAUCAACGACCAAAACCCUAAACCAAUCGAUGCCUCGCUUAUAAUAACCCUCGUGAGUACCUCCACCUCGGAGCCCCCACUAAUCCGGUGUGUGGUAUGUUCUAACAAGGGGGCUAUCAUGGCCAGUUUCGCGGCGCAGGCCGCCCUCCGUGCGAAAUGGAGCUCGCUGGUGGAGGAGCACAGCAUCGAGGUGCCCCCCGAAGUCACCAGCAAAGUGACAAGUGUGGUGGGCUGGCUCAAACAGGCUUCGCUGGAGGUUCGAGCGGCCGGUCGAAGGGCUGUCAAUACGUUGGCCGGGGGCAUGGCGCACCAUUUGGUCAUUCUGCACUUCAACGAUGUGUACAAUGUUGAGCCGAGACAGGGGCCGGAGCCCGUGGGGGGCGCAGCCCGGUUUUGCACGGCGAUUAAGAGUUUCCAGCACUUGCAUCCUCUGGUGCUGUUCAGCGGGGACGCUUUCUCGCCCAGCAUGUUGAGCACCUACACGAAAGGUGAGCAAAUGGUCCCCGUCCUCAACGACCUCGGCACCCACUGUGCCGUCCUCGGCAACCACGAUUUCGAUCACGGCCUUGAAGUGCUCUCCCAAUGGGUGGCCCAAACCGAAUUCCCUUGGCUCAUGUCCAACGUACUCGAUAACGAAACCGGCCGUCCAUUGGGCGAAGGGCGGAUCACCCAUGUGGUACAUUGGGCAGGCCACAGAAUCGGUCUUUUGGGCCUUGUUGAAAAAGAAUGGCUGGACACACUUGCAACCAUCAACCCAGAAAUGGUCACUUUUCUCGAUUUCGUCGAAGCGGGACAAAAACUCGCCGCGCAAUUGAAACAAGAGGGGUGCGAUUAUGUGAUCGCUCUGACUCAUAUGCGAACGCCUAACGAUAUCAAGCUGGCGGAAAAUUGCGAUAACAUCGAUUUGAUACUUGGGGGGCAUGACCACGUGUACGAAAUCAAGGAAAUCAACGGGAAAUUUGUGGUGAAAAGUGGCACCGACUUUCGGCAGUUUAGUAAAAUUACGGUGAAUUUUGAUAAACCGAAUGGUACUCCUGAAGUAACAAUUGAGGAAAUUAACGUUACUUCUGCCUUUCCUGAGGAUCCAAAAUUGAAGGAAAAACUGGAUAAAUACACGAGUAUUGUGGAGGGGAAAAUGCACGAAGUUUUGGGUUGUUUUUCCGUGCCACUUGAUGGACGUUUCACCUCGAUUCGCACUUCGGAAUCGAACUUAGGAAAUUGGGUCUGCGAUGUGGUUUUGGCAGCAACAGGUGCGGAUUUAGUAAUUUUAAAUUCGGGCACUUUUCGCUCGGAUCAGGUGCACCCAGCUGGGGACUUCACAGUUCGCGAUUUGACCAACAUUGUGCCCAUGAGAGACCCCUUGGUCAUCCUCAAAUUAACAGGCAAACAAAUUUUGGAAGCGCUGGAAAAUGGGGUGUGUAUGUACCCGAAAUUGGAGGGGAGGUUCCCGCAAGUGGCGGGGGUGAGUUUUGCCUUCGACCCCUCCAAGGCACCAGGACAACGAGUCGACCCUGCCUUUGUCCGAAUCGGAGACGAGUAUUUGAAUUUGGAGCAGAAUUAUCGGCUUGCGACCAAGAGUUACAUGCAUUCAGGGUGUGAUGGUUACGUUAUGCUUAAAGAUGCCGAAGUUUUGGUGGACGAAGGCGAGUGUCCCGAGUUGGGUCUAGCGAUACAAAACCAUUUCCAAGCGAUUAAUAUGCGCUUGGGCAAAACUAAAAAACACUCCAAGCAUCGACAAUCAUUAGUCACCCUUUCACGAAGGCAUAGUUUGGUGAAAAUGCUUGAUGGGAGUGAAUUAGACGGCCCUCCUCCCCUACGGCGGGCCAGCACUGUGGAGGUGACCACCAGCCCCCCGUCCCACCACACCGCCAGACUGACCCGAAGGGCGUCUUUGGAUGACCUUGAGCAGGAAUCGUGUCAAUUAACUCCGAAAAUAGACCAUCGAAUUGUCGUCAUAACAAACGAGGAGAAACGCCAGGAAUUGAUUCUUCAGAGACAGAGAAUCGAGCAGGACUCGAUCAUUGAAGAAGUCGACGAAUAUUCACCGCAGAAUUAAUUGUUUUUUUUAGUAGAAUUUAUUUAGAGUAGAACUCGGGUAAUGCCUUCAAAGAACACCACUUCAAAGCAUUCCACAACGAGUUGGUUGUGAAUAGAAUUUUUUUGAGUUACCGUUUAAUCAAAAUUUGUAUCAAAAGCAGCAAUAACUAAAUUCUGUGAUUGGCAAGCGUUUCAUUUCGUGUUUACUUAUUUGUGCCUAAAACGGUCGCAACUUUCCACUAAAACUAGUACAAAUUUUAUUAGAUGUGCUGUUGUGGUGGGCAACUUAAUCUCGAUGCCUUUGCGCACGGCCUCCUUGAUGCACAGCAAACUGUCAGUUUGGCAGUUCAAUUUGUCGUCAAGGGGGCUGCGCCUGUCUGUAUAUUUCUUCCGAUAUUAAUGUGAGCACCGUCAGUGUUAAGCUUGUCACUGCUAGUGUAUAUAAUGCACUUUUUCGAAUAUUUAGCCGUCAUUCAAUCCGUCACUUGGUAUCAGACAGCGCCAUCUAGCGACUCACUUAGACCAAACCCCACCUUAAGCGUCUGAUACCGAUUCUCGUCAAUUGUGCUAAUUAGUGUGAAAGAUUUCACUGUGCUUCGGUGGUAAAUGUAUUGCGAAACUUCAGCUAGUCACAAAAACACCUGUUAUAAAACACUUAGAUUGUUACGAAAUUUAUUUGUGUUGAUUUUUACAGUUAUAGGUGGCUGAAUGUAGAUCUGAAUAAAUAAUUUUUUUAAA